CUAGUGUACAAAAAUGAAUCCUUUUGCUGUAGUUUUUGCAAUCUGCUGUUUGGCAACAGCACAGGCAAGACCAGGCCACAUUGGGGGAGGUGAACAUUACCAAUUGGAAGGAGUACCAGGUGUGGACGCCUAUGGAAAAACACAAUACCCUCAAUUUAAUAUUAUAGAACUGGGGGAAUACUCCAAAGGACAAUUACCCCCAGCAACAAUAGUCAGCAACAAACAAAUCACCAUUAAAGUACCGCAACCUUACCCUGUAAAGGUACCGCAUCCAGUGCAUGUGCCCGUGCCGGUAGCCAAGCCUUACCCGGUAAUUCAAACUAAAAUUGUUCAGGUACCUCAACAUGUUCCAUAUGAAGUAAUCAAAAGAGUGCCUGUACCAGUUGAGGUACCAAAACCUUACCCAGUGCCAGCAAACGAACAUCACUCUCAUCAAUCACAAGAAAAUUUCGGAGGUAGCUUUGAGGGGGCUUUUGGAGGACACAACGCAGUAUCAAACUCUUAUGGAGUACCUGGACACCAACAAGGAACCCCACUUGGUGAAGGACAAUACGCUCAACAAGAAAAUCACCAUCAGAGUGGCUAUGAUGGAGCUCAACAAGGAGGUUAUCAUAUUUUUGAACAAAGUGACCAUGGAAGGGCUGAGGAAAACAAUUACGGUGGAUCCGAACAAAAUAGUUUUGAUAAUGAAUAUAAUAACUUUGGAGGACAACAUUCCGAAAGCGAUCAAUCUGUGAGAUACGCAGCUUAUGAACAACCACAGCAACAAAAUGAACAACAUCAACAAGUUGCUGAAAACGAACAAGAGAAAAAAGAAGAAAAUUAGAAUGUGGACUUUUAAAGACUUUUUUGUUGAUUUUUAUUUUUUUUUUGUUAAUUAAUU